UUAUUAUUUUUAUUAUAGCCAUAAAGAAAGCCGAUGCAUAGAUUCAAAUGGUUACGUUCUCAAAACUGUUUACUUGUGAGCUUUAGGUAGGAUGGACAUCAACACAGGUGCUAAUCAUACUUGCUGAUUAACAUAGAUUCUGUAUUUUAUUUGUGGCAAACAAACAGCAUAAGCAGCAGUCUGAAAUCGAUUAGAGUACUUUACAUAUAGGUAGUCGAUUGUCUAGAUUUUAGGACUAGAUUAACCGAUUUUGUGCUUCCAUCUAGUUUACGCGCUAACAGCAGACUUUACAGUGAGUACGCAAUGAUCGAUAUGUUCUGUGAUCACGGAUCAGAGUGAAACUAUCAUCUCCAAACCAUGUGAAAUAAGUUUGGGAAAGAAAAACCCUCCUAAUCUACAUAUGGCUGCAUCUCUAAGUAUUCACCAAAUAUCAGACUCAGACUCUGAUGCAACAGUGCCUCCAUCUGACAUAGAAAAUGGGCUUGAUGGCUCCCAGGAUUUGUUUGACACAAACAGUAGUGAGGCCUUUGCUAUCAGCUCCAAUUCUUUUAUUCAGAAGACAAGAAUGAACAAGAGUGUUUGUAAUCCUCAUGAGAUAUCCGGCAGUGACACAGAUGAAGAUGUGAAACCAAAAAUAAUGGAGAAGCCUGUCAAAGCAUCAAACUUUCAAUCUUCUAAGAAACAGCCUGCAUUUUCAGGCAAAAGACAUUCUGUGUCAUCACUCAGUCAGGGACAUUCUUCACCAUUGGCCAGUUCAAGUGUAACUUGUUCAAGUACAGUUGGGGCAUGUGUUUCAGGACACGAAAGUCAAGCUAAUAACAUGAAGCCUCGCUGCAAAUAUGGUGACAAAUGUUUCCGGAAAAACCCAUCUCAUCUAAAGGAAUUUUAUCAUGGAGGUAAGGGGAAUGGUAAGAGCAGUGAUCCGCACCCCAAAGAAAGAAAGAAGGAAACAGCAAUGAAGGCAGAGUCAGAGACAAAUGUGCCAGCCAAGCGUCCAAAACUGUGUAGUGAGGAUGACAAGACUGUGAUAGACACCAUCAUGGAGUUUCAGCCUAUCAGCUUUUUUCUUACAAAAGUUGCCGGCAUUGAUGAUAAAUUCAACAUGACAGGGGCUGUUAGUUUGAAAGAUAUCUUGUCACCACUCAUGGGAGAUAUCCAGGCAUCAUGCCAGUUCAACUUUAUGUUUGACAUUCCAUGGCUCAUGAAACAGUAUCCAGCAUGUUGCCGCAACAAACCAUUGUUGAUUGUUCAUGGAGAGAAAGGAAAAGACGAAGCUGAGAUGAAGAAAGAAGCCAAGCAUUUUUCAAACAUUUCACUCGUUAGGGCACAGCUAGACAUGAUGUUUGGCACCCAUCAUACGAAGAUGAUGCUGCUGUUGUAUGAUUGUGGUAUGCGGGUCGUCAUUCACACAGCCAACCUCAUCUCCAAUGACUGGCACCAGAAGACACAAGGGGUUUGGAUCAGUCCUUUGUUUCCAAGGAUGCCAAAGAUGGAGGCCAGCAAGGGGACUAAAAUUUCAGGAGAUUCUCCCACACACUUCAAACAAGACCUACUAGACUACCUGUCUGCUUAUAAGGCUCAAGCCCUAGGUGUCUGGGAGGAACAUGUGCACCAGCAUGAUAUGACAGCUGCAUGCGUGCACAUCAUAGGGUCUGUGCCAGGCAGACAUUCAGGCGACAAAAAGAUGGCAUGGGGACAUCUAAAACUACGUAAGGUAUUGCAGACAGAAGGACCUGACAGUCGUGUGAUCAAGGAGUGGCCAGUUCUGGGGCAAUUCUCAAGUAUUGGAUCCCUAGGAAGCAGCAUGGACAAAUGGCUGUGUGCCGAGUGGUUAACAUCCUUCAGCCAGUGUCGGGGCAGUCCAGACUCUGCAGUAGAUAGCAAGAAAUUAUUGCUGGUUUACCCAUCAAAGGAAAAUGUACGUCAGUGUUUGGAAGGCUAUGGUGGUGGGGGCGGUCUGCCAUACAGCAUUCAGACAGCUCGCAAGCAGAUUUACCUGAACAAUUUUGUCAGACAAUGGCGGGCAGAGGGUCGAGGACGAACAGAAGCUAUUCCUCAUAUUAAGACAUACACUCGUGUAUCACCAGACUGGACCCAGGCUGCAUGGUUUCUUGUGACCAGUGCAAAUUUAUCCAAGGCAGCAUGGGGAUCCAUGGAGAAACAGAAUUCCCAGUUGAUGAUCCGCUCCUAUGAGAUUGGCAUCCUCUUUCUCCCCAAAUAUUUUGGCUCUUUAGACAGCUUUCCUGUAGGCAGAACUGCAGAAGAUGUGAGCACUAGUGACCAUGUGGUCCUGCCUUUCCCUUAUGAUCUUCCCCCACCUGUUUACGAAAAAGGAGAUCGUAUCUGGAUGUGGGACGUUCCCUGUGUGGAUAAGCCUGAUCGCCAUGGAAACAAGUACUGCCCAAGGCUUUGACAAGAUUGUGCAUGAAUCGACUUGAUUGGUCAUCUUUGUUUUAGUCUCUGCAAGUGUCAAAAGUGACUUGUAGACUGUAAAACAACAGUUUAGUAUAUGAAGAGUUAGACCAUGGUCAUUUGUAGAUUACAUUGCUCUAAGAAAAGUCCUUUUUGAUAUAUAUUUAAUACUUUAACAGUAACCAACUACAUAUUUCAUCAUUACCAUCUUUGAAUGCAACAGACUUUUUGUGUAUGGAAAAUGGGAGGUGUAGUGAAUGAGAUCUGACAACUUUAUUUAAUUAUAAAAAUAUAUUUAUAAAGCAAUCACUUGUUUAUGGAUUUUCUUUUUGUUAUUGACAUUUUACACAUAAAGAAGUCAUUGGCACAACUCAA